AUGCCACCAAGCAAGCCAUUGCCCAUAUCUGACGAGUUCAGCUCUGCAGAGGACUAUGUGAGCUCACUGCUGGACUUCGCUUCAACAUGCGACCUAUUUCAAAUACUCUGUGGAGGAGUGCACAUCCUGGAUUUCUUUACCAAUGAGCCAGGAUUGUUCCAAUGGGUUCUCGAGCCGGACUGGCAGCAAUUUCUCAUGGAGUGCGAUCCCAUGGCACUUCUAGACUUUCUCCUGAGAGAUGAUCCGGAUGCUCCAGCAACGGAGCGCUCAUGGCCUGAAGCGCCGGAAUCCCUGCGCCAGUACGUCAAGGACGUACGGAGGCUCUCACUUAUACGCUCGUUUACACCGGUGAAGCCCAGGUUGCCCGUCAUACCUCGGCAAGUGGCCGUGGGUAUGAAUGUGAAGAAGAAACACGAGGUGACCAACUUCGCAGACUAUGUGGACCGCCUGGCGGCGGACAUCGCCCAGCUGACAGGGACGGAGAUGACUCACUUCAUCGAUUUUGGCAGCGGCCAGAACUAUCUUGGGCGGACGCUGGCUUCUGCCCCGUACAGUAAGGACAUCGUUGCGGUCGAGAGGCACGAGCACAAUCAAGCCGGGGCCAGGGAGCUGGACGUCCUUGCGGGCAUCGCAGAGACGGAGAAGGUGCUGAGGAACAAGAAAAUCUGGCAAAGCCUGGUAGACAGCAAAAAGGACGCCGGUGAGCUGGACGAGAAGGGCACGAGAAGGACGGCAGAGAAGCACACGGCUGAACAAAUCGCGGCGGUCGAGCUCAGGCCAAGGAGAGAGCUGGAGGCUAUCUACCGCCCCGAGGAGGGAAGGGGCCUUAUCAAGUACGUCACAGGACGAUUGGAGACUGGAGACCUGUCCGACGUGCUGAACAAGAUCCACGAUGCCGACGUCCCGGAGGAGAAGCGCAGGGAGCUUUCUCUGAUGGCAAUAUCAAUCCAUUCCUGCGGCAAUCUCUCGCAUUUUGGAAUCCGCUCCAUGAUCCUGAACCCCAGCAUCAAGGCAGUCGCGAUCGUGGGAUGUUGCUACAACCUGCUUACGGAGAAGUUGGGCCCUCCUACGUACAAACUGCCCUACAUGCGACCCAGCCUACAGGCCCUCAAUGGACGGGUGGUCCGAGAAUCAGAGAAGUACGACCCUCAAGGCUUCCCUAUGAGCAAACGGGUGUCGUGUCACAACGAUCGCGGCAUCCGAUUGAACAUCACAGCUCGCAUGAUGGUCUUCUGGGAUAACCUCUUCUGGGAUAACCUCUUCUGGGAUAAUCUCUUCUGGGAUAACCUCCUCUGGGAUAACCUCCUCUGGGAUAACCUCCUCUGGGAUAACCUCCUCUGGGAUAACCUUCUCUGGGACCAAGGCAGCAUUGAGGCAUGUCAAGCACCAUACAAUUGGACAGAAGUUGAGUCCGACUCCUUUUUCACGAGGCAUUUCUACCGGGCAGUCCUACAGAAGAUAUUCUUGGACAGGGGCGUCAUAUCUAAGGUGUAUCACGAUAGAGUAGACAGCGGUGAGGGCGAGGGCGAUGAGGGCAAAGAGAACGGCAAAGAGAGCCCGUUCAACAUGAGCACCAACCCCGUCAUCAUCGGGUCCCUGGGGAAGAGCUGUUUCAAGUCGUUCCAUGCCUACGUGCGCGGGGCGAUCAAGAAGCUGGCCGCUAACGAGGACACCAACGAAAAGUACAGCAAGGUGAUCCACGACAAGAUGGGCGACAUGACGGACGAGGAGAUCGACGCCUACGCGAGGGCCUACGCGCCGCGCAAGCGGGAGCUCAGCAGCAUCUGGACCAUGAUGGCCUUCAGCGCCGCGGUCGUCGAGUCGCUGAUUGUGACGGACCGCUGGCUCUUCCUCAAGGAGCACGGCGACGUCGUCCAGGACUGCUGGGUGGAGUCGGUGUUUGACUACAAGGAGAGCCCGCGGAACCUGGUGGUGGUUGGUAUCAAGAGGAAGGAGGCGGCCGUGGACAGCUGA